AUGCCCGUUCGAUUGUGCAUGCUCAUGGCGAUAGUGCUAGUAACCGCAGUAGACAACUUGGUCAUCUUCGUUCUUCGUAUUUCCUCUUCAUACGACGCAAUUGCUGUGCUGCACACUGACAUGGAGCUGCAUCAGCACUGGGUUUUACGUAGUUGGGGCUGCAUAAGCACGGAAAUCGGUGGUUUGAAGGCGGAGUGCUUCGUCAGUCUCGAUGCCGUCAUGCAGCACUUGCACAACCCCUUCCUCGAGAAGACCGGCAUCCCCAGGCUUGCCGAGCGUGCUUAUUUCGUCGAAAUGCCUUACCGCUUUAUUCCUGUCGAACUGGAACAAUUUGGUCCCAAUGAUCCGGUGACUGGUGUUGCCUACCCCAUUGGUCAGCUAGUGACCUCCGCGGAGAUAAAAGACGACCUUCGGCACAAUGAGUACCUCAUAUGCGACACCGAUCAAGGCAAGCAGCACUGCCUUGUCCGGGUCAAAUUUAAAUUCACCAAUAGUAAGACCCACUUUCAUUCAAUGCUACCUUUGCAACUCGGUGUAGCGCAUUCCGCCUUGUUCAAAGGUGUUGGACAGACGAAUUUUCACCUGUUGAUGCUCCAGUCCAGGUGUCCUUGA